CUGGAAGGGGUGUGGGCUGGGCUCGGGAAGCCGGUGGUUUAUAAAGCAGCAGAAACCCUGCCCUGAGCAGAGCAUUCCAGCAGUCAACACUAUGAAGGGGACACUGCUUGUGCUGGCCUUGCUGGUGACUGGAGAGCUGGGCUUCAAGACAGCAGAAGCUUGCCCUGCUUUUUAUGGAAUCUUUUCUUUGCUGGCCCUUGGAAACAAGCAACUAUUGGACAUCUCCCUUGAUCUUGUCAAUGCUACCAAACCAGAAAAGGCAGGCUUUGAAAAACUCCAGGCUUGCUACAAUGAGAGGGGAGUCAAAGCCAAGUUGCUGGACCUGAAAGCCCUGAGCUCCAUCACCUUAAGCAAAGAAUGCAUCAGCUCUGCACUGAACAUGGUGAAGAAUGAUGUCAAACAAAGACUUUCCAAGCUGAACCCUUUGGGGAGAUGAAUCUUUGCCUGAUCUGAGCUCCCUCAUCCUGUUCUGUUCUCCCUCUCACCUGAAGCUGGAAUCCAGACACCUGUCCCCACCUGAUUCUUUGUUAGGCUGACUCUAAUAAAACACUUGCAGC